ACAUUCGUGUACCGUUUCCGAUUUUUCCUUUACUCUCUCUCUCUCUCUUUAAGAAAAGUUCCUUCUUUUUGAUCCGUGAAUCGAAGUCACCCUAGAAUCAAGAUUAAAACCUCGUUUAGUUCCCAAUUUCUGUUCUGUGUGUUUUUUUUUUGCUCUGUCUCGAAAUUUAGAAUCCUAGAGGUGUUGAAAGUUGAAAACUUUUCUGGUUCGUUUGAUUUAUGGGUUAAUUCAAACUUGAUCGAUGAUUGGAUUUGAAUCAAGACGGGUUCUUAGCCACUGAGUGACGUUUUGGUCAAUUUGGGGUAAUGAAUGGUUUGCAAGAUGUUUGUUCUUCAAGUGGGUCGGUGAUGAUCGGACUUCCAGCUGAAGAAGACGAAAACGCCGCACUUUCGUCGGAGGAUUCUUCUCGCCCCGACGAGUCUGUGUCAGAGACAGAGCUCGACCUUGCUUUGGGUCUUAGCAUUGGUCUCAAAGGUCGUCGGAAGGUUCGAUCUUCUUUGUCUUCCUCUUCUUCUUCUUCUAUGACCAGGGAAAGUGGGACCAAACGCUCUGCUGAUUCUUCUUAUGCGGCUGCCUCAAACGCAACGAGACAAGUUGCCGUAGGUUGGCCGCCUCUACGGACUUACAGAAUCAACAGUUUGGUCAAUCAAGCAAAGUCAUUAGCUACUGAAGGUGGCUUGAGUUCUGACAUUCAAAAGGACACAGUAAAAAACAGCGUGGUGGCUGCGAAGAACGAUGAUGUUUGCUUUAUCAAAUCUACCAGGACUUCUAUGCUUGUGAAGGUGACAAUGGACGGAGUUAUAAUUGGAAGGAAGGUUGAUCUCAAUGCUCUGGAUUCUUAUGCAGCCUUGGAGAAAACUUUGGAACAAAUGUUUUUCCAGAUUCCUUCUCCUGUUACAAAAUCAAACACACAAGGAUGCAAGACAAUCAAGGAAACACGUGCUUCGGUAUUGCUGGAUGGCUCAUCGGAAUAUAUCAUAACAUAUCAAGAUAAAGACGGAGAUUGGAUGCUUGUAGGAGAUGUUCCUUGGCAGAUGUUCCUUGGGUCCGUGAAAAGACUGAGAAUCAUGAAGCAUUCAAAUGAAACUGGAGUAGGUAUGUAGAGAUUCCUAUAUAGCAAAAAACAUCAAUGCCCCUCAUUUUACAUCUCUUUGGUUUGUAACUCAUAUAUCACGUUCACAUGUAAACAUGUGCAUAUGUUUUUAUACACGAGUGUACAUAUGUCUUGUGGUCGUUUGUGAAUAUUAAACAACAGCUUAACCUCCUGUUUAAAGAUCUUUGUAUAUUUAGGGUUUA